AUGGCGGAGGGGGAAGGUAACGUGGAUGAGGAGGAUGUGUUCCUGGCAUUUGCCCAGGGUCCCUGUCCUCCGAGGAGUCCCCUGCGCCGGGCCUUGGACAAGGUCUUCAUUAUCUUCCUGGCCCUCAUCCUCACACUACUGACACUGGAGGCUGUUUGUAAGCUGCUGUGGCUGCUGCCAUGGGCAAAGUUUGGGGACUGGCUCCUGAGAACACCUCAGAAGGAGGAGGAGCUGGAAUUGUGACCUUUCCUAUAAACAUUCUCUUCCCCUGCUACAGAGGUGAGAGGGGAGGGAAAUGGGACUGCUGGGGGCUGUGGAGGGGACA